AUGCCUCUCCUCCCCAUUGUUUUCACCUUGCUCUUCUUCCUACGCACCCCAGCAAGUUCUGCUGCGACGGACACCAUCUUGGCCGGCCAAGCACUUGCUAUCAACGAUAAGCUCGUCUCCAAGAAUGGCAGGUACGCGCUUGGCUUCUUCAACACAAGCAGCAGCAAACCGUGCCAAGACACCACCAACUGGUACCUUGGCAUAUGGUUCAAUACAGUCCCCAAAUUUACUUCUGCAUGGGUCGCAAAUAGGGAUACACCAAUCAAGAACACCACCUCACCGGAGCUCACAAUCUCCCAUGAUGGCAACCUUGUCAUCUUAAACCGGUUUACCAGGUCCAUAAUCUGGAGUACACAAGCAAACAUCACAAGAAAUAGCACCACUGCUAUGCUCUUGAGUAGUGGAAAUCUGAUCCUAACAGACUCUUCAAACUCAUCAGAGGUUCUGUGGCAGAGCUUUGAUCACCCCACAGAUACAGUUUUCCCUGGUGCAAAGCUUGGAUGGGACAAGCUCACUGGCCUAAACCGCCGUCUAGUUUCUUGGAAGAACUUGAACGACCCAAGUACUGGUAUGUACUGUGAUGGGUUAGACCAGAGUGGUCUCAAUCAGUUCUUGCUUACACCAUUGAACUCCUCCAUACCAUAUUGGUCGACCGGUGUAUGGAAUGGCAAAUACUUUGCCUCAAUACCAGAGAUGUCAAACAACAACCCAGUUUUCACCAGUACAUUUGUCACCAAUGACCAAGAGAAGUAUUUUAUUGAUAACAUAGUCGAUAAAUCUAUGGUUACUCGUGGUGUAAUUGACGUCUCAGGUCAAAGAAAAACGUUCAUUUGGUUGGAGGGCUCACAGGACUGGACAAUGAUCUAUGCCCAACCGAAACUUCAGUGUGAUGUCUAUGCAAUCUGUGGACCUUUCACAAUUUGCAAUGAUAACGCGCUUCCACAUUGCAAUUGCAUGGAGGGCUUCACCAUAACAUCCCCCAAGGAUUGGGAGCUAGAAGAUCGAACUGGUGGGUGCUCAAGAAAUACUCCGUUAGACUGCAUUAGCAACAAAAGCACAACUCAUACAACAGACAAGUUCUACUCUGUGCAAUGUGUUGAGUUGCCCAACAAUGCCUCAAAACUAGAAGCUGCUGCAAGCAUGAGUGAGUGUGCACAAGUUUGCCUCAGUAAUUGCUCUUGCACCGCGUAUUCCUUCAACGAUGAAAGAUGCUCUAUCUGGCAUAAUGAAUUGCUCAAUAUAAGAGCGCUAGAAUGUAGUGGCACUUCAAGUUCAACUGGAGAAACUCUUCACCUUCGUGUUUCUGCUAAAGAUUUCCACAUAGUGAAAAACAACAGAAAGGAGAUUGUUAUUGGAGUUGCAACUGGUGCAGGUGUUUCUGCUCUGGGUUUAUGUGCACUUCUUAUCCUGGUAAAGAUUUGGAGAAACAAGAGUAAGAGCUCUAACCGUAUACUGGAUGGUGUUCAAGGCUGUAACAGAAUCAUUGCAUUUAGAUACACUGAUUUACAAUGUGCCACGACAAAAUUCACAGAUAAGUUAGGGGCAGGCAGUUUUGGUUCUGUUUUCAAGGGGGUUUUAAAUGACUCAACUGGCAUAGCCGUGAACAGGCUUGACGGUGCUUAUCAAGGAGAGAAGCAAUUUAGAGCUGAAGUGAGCUCGAUUGGAGCUAUCCAGCACAUCAAUCUAGUUAAGCUUAUUGGUUUCUGUUGUGAGGGUUCUAAGAGGUUGCUUGUUUAUGAACACAUGCCAAAUCGCUCACUGGAUGUCCAUCUAUUUGGAAACAAGUCUAUGAUAUUGAAUUGGACAGUUAGGUAUCAGAUGGCCCUGGGAGUUGCCAGAGGGUUAGCCUACUUGCAUGAGAGUUGUCGGGACUGCAUCAUACACUGUGAUAUUAAGCCAGAAAACAUACUUCUCGAUACUUUAUUCGUUCCCAAAAUUGCAGACUUUGGGAUGGCAAAGCUUUUCAGAAGGGAUUAUAGCCGAGUACUGACUACGAUAAGAGGAACUGUAGGGUACCUUGCACCUGAAUGGAUUACUGGAGUUGCAAUUACACCAAAAGUUGAUGUAUAUAGCUAUGGGAUGAUGUUGCUGGAAAUAAUAUCUGGAAAGAGGAACUCAUGUGCACCAUGUUCUAGUGGUGGCAACCUUGAUGUUUAUUUUCCUGUGCAUGCCGCACAUAAGCUUCUUGAAGGAGACGUCGGGAGUUUGGUAGAUCAAAUGCUACAUGGUGAUGUCAAUCUGGAUGAGGCCGAACUGGCAUGCAAGGUUGCAUGUUGGUGCAUCCAAGACAAUGAGCUUGAUCGACCAACAAUGGGACAUGUAGUUCAGAUCCUCGAAGGGCUAGUUGAGAUCGGGAUGCCCCCGUUACCAAGACUGCUCGAAGCUAUGACUGGAAGCUCGCACUCAGCUCGGUCCUAA